GGCACCGCCUCGGGCAUGGCCCCGCACGCGCACCUCGCCGUCUACAAGGUCUGCUCCCGCAGCCGCUGCUCCAUCAUGGACAUCAUCGCGGGGCUCGACGCCGCCGUCAAGGACGGCGUCGACGUGCUCUCCUUCUCCAUCGGCGCCUCCUCCGGCACGCAGUUCAACUACGACCCCAUCGCCAUCGCCGCCUUCAAGGCCAUGGAGCGCGGCAUCGUCGUCAGCUGCGCGGCCGGCAACGCCGGCCCGGACCCCGGCUCCGUCGGCAACGGCGCGCCAUGGAUGCUCACCGUCGCCGCCGGCACCAUCGACCGCGCGAUACGCACCACCGUCACGCUCGGAACCGGCGACGAGUUCGACGGCGAGUCGCUGUUCCAGCCCGGGAACAACUCCGCCGCCGCGCCGCUCCCGCUCGUCUACCCCGGCGCCGACGGCUCCGAGACCAGCCGCGACUGCAGCGUGCUGCGCGGCGCCGAGGUGGGCGGCAAGGUCGUGCUCUGCGAGAGCAGGGGCCUCAGCGGCCGCAUCGAGGCCGGCCAGACCGUGGCCGCGUACGGCGGACUCGGCAUCAUCGUCAUGAACAGGGCAGCCGAAGGCUACACCACCUUCGCCGACCCGCACGUCCUCCCGGCCUCGCACGUCAGCUACGACGCCGGGACCAAGAUCGCCGCCUACGCCAACUCCACCGCCAGCCCGACGGCGAGCAUCGCGUUCAAGGGCACCGUCAUGGGCGCGUCCCCCGCGCCGGCCGUCACCUUCUUCUCGUCCCGGGGUCCCAGCAGGGCCAGCCCGGGCAUCCUCAAGCCGGACAUCACAGGCCCCGGCAUGAACAUCCUCGCGGCGUGGGCGCCCAGCGAGUCGCACACCGAGUUCUCCGACGGCGGCGUCGGCCUCUCCUUCUUCGUCGAGUCCGGCACCUCCAUGUCCACGCCGCACCUCAGCGGCAUCGCCGCGCUCCUCAAGGGCCUGCACCCGGACUGGUCCCCCGCGGCGAUCAAGUCGGCCAUCAUGACCACGUCGGACGCCGUGGACCGCACCGGCGUGCCGCUCAAGGACGAGCAGUACCGCCACGCCACCUUCUACGCCAUGGGGGCCGGGUACGUCAACCCCGAGCUCGCCGUCGACCCCGGCCUGGUCUACGACCUCCAAGCCGACGACUACCUCCCCUACCUCUGCGGCCUCGGCCUCGGCGACGACGGCGUCACGGAGAUCGCUCACCGCCCCGUCACCUGCGCCAGCCUCAAGGCCACCACCGAAGCGGACCUCAACUACCCGUCCCUCGUCGUCAACCUGCUGGCCCAGCCUAUCACGGUCAACCGCACGGUCACCAACGUCGGGAAACCGGGCUCCAUCUACACCGCCGUCGUCGACAUGCCAGGAGACGUGUCGGUGACGGUGCAGCCGCCGAUGCUGCGCUUCACGGAGCUCAACGAGAAGCAGAGCUUCACGGUGACGGUGCGGUGGGCGGGACAGCCCAACGUCGCCGGCGCCGAGGGCAACCUCAAGUGGGUCUCCGAGGAUCACAUCGUGAGGAGCCCCAUUGUCGUUCCAGCCAAGGCCGCGUAGCCUAAUUUUGUCUCCCUUUGUAUAGCUAGCUAGCAUCAGUCUCUCAGGCGCUACUGCGCUUCCAUGCGAACCGGAGAAAUUCCCCACCUAUGUUCUUCCUUCCCAGAAUGUACUCAAUCUCAGAGGCAGCAAUUUUGUUCUGUAAAUAGCGCGAAUCAA